ACAACCCAUCGUAAACCCAGGACAAACCACGUUGAUGGGCGCCGGGAAGGGGGAGGGAGAGGGGCUUGUCCCGGGGCCCUCUAAUCGGAUUAUUAGACUGCGUGUUGGGUUUUGCGUCUUUCUCCCCGCCCUGCGUGUCAUGUUCGCGUUCUACACGCUCUCGUCGUCUCACGCGGACACUCGCAGCCGCUCGCUACGUGUUGCGUUCACGCGCACCGACGCCUGAAUGCUGAUGGGCGCGCAGCGAACUCACCCGAGCAACGGAACGUGAGUUUUCGGGCCGAAAAAAGGUCGGCGGACUCGGAUCCAUCCGGGAAGACGCGGCUCGUCCUAUGCCAGGCGGCGCUCGCUCGGGGUUCGAUGGUGCUGAUCGCGGACGACAGGGACGGAGGAGUCGCAGCGUCGCUCCGGGUCAAGCGCAAAGCCGGCGCGGGCGUCCCUCAGGUGCAGCCGGCCAUAGUUGAGGAGGAAGACCGCCUUGGCUCGUGCGAGGACGAGGAUUUCCAAGAAGUGGACUUCGAGGACUUGGACGACACGAGGAGCAUCGCGUCGGACGACUCCUUCUACCCGCCCGGUGAUGCGUUCGCGGACUACGAGGGCUCUCCGUCCCCUCAGAGCCCGGAGCCCGCGUCUUUCUUCGGGGCGUGCUGCGCCAACAACGCCGCUGCAGUCCGGGUCAUGUUCCGCCGUGGGCUCACGGAGGACGAGGUCCAGCAGACGGACCGGAACAACAGGACAGGGCUGCUGGUUGCUUGUUACCAAGGUUAUGUUGACGUUGUCAUAGCGCUGUCUCAAUGUCCGUAUCUGGAUGCUAACUGGCAGGACAGUGAGGGGAACACGGCCCUCAUCACUGCAGCGCAGGCAGGUCACAUUACAAUCACCAACUACCUGCUCAACUACUACUUAGGCUUGGACAUCGAAAGGAGAAACUGUCACGGCUUCACUGCUCUCAUGAAAGCUGCCAUGCAGGGCCGUGUUGAAUGUGUGCGCUCGCUCAUGAUGGCGGGAGCGACUCUAAAUGCACGAGAUUGUGGCCGCCAAAUGACCGCCAGGGAGUGGGCCUUGUUCACUGGCCGCUACGAAACUGCCUGGGUGAUGGCCCGACUGAUGGAACGCUCCACGCCGAAACAAAUCUGUGACGCAUACAGUCUAGAAUGGCCCCCGCUGGCAUCCAUGGUGGCCAAAGCCCAGGAGCCACGAAGCUGUCUGAAGCGCUUGACUGACACAGUGCGCGACAUCUUCAACAUUGCCAACGUCACCAACCCCGAGGACGCCGGCGUCAUCGACCACCUGGUGUCUGUGACGACAGCCAUCAGGAGCCCUUUCAUCGCCCUGACCUGUCAUACAGUGUGCCCUAACAGCCCCCCAAGUGUGGGCAAACGUCGCUAUGCAGUUCCCGAGAUCCUCCGCCAUCAGCGCGCCAAAGAGCUCAGCGCCAUAAAUCCGGACAGGGUGGACACCCACCUCAAGCUAUUUCAGAACUCGCGGGUCACUCUGGUGCCCAAGCCCUCAGCCGACCGGCGCGCCAGCCUUCAAUCGCACAGAACGGUGCCUCGAGUCAGGAGCUCCAGCCUAGGAAUGUUGUCUUAUAACGAAACAGAGCUACGAAGGACCAGCCUGCUGCCUCUGCACAUGUUGCUCAGAAGGAGCAGCGUCAGGCCGGGAUUCAGCAUCCCCAAGGUGAGGGUGUCCAAGGCCCCCACACCCACUUAUGAGCCUGAAAAGAUCCACAGGAAGAGCAGCACCAAAGAUGGAGGCAGGCACCUGCUGCAGAUCCCUAAGUGGAGAUAUAAGGAGCUCAAAGAGGAGAGGAGGAAAGCCGAGGAGGCUGAAAGGAGGAGGCUGGAGGCAUUAACCGAGAGACACCUCACUGUCGGGAUGAGGAAGUAGUCUUUUUUUUUUUUUUUAGCACACGAUACAAAAAAAAAAAAAACACACACACAAAAAAAAAAGGUUGGACAUUAUUUGACUCAGGGUGACUAGACUUACCAGCAGUAUUCCUAUAACUCAAGACAAUGUUGCUUUUGUAUGAUUAUAUGAACUUGGAGCAGAUGCAAAGAGACAUUAAUAAGAUUGCCGCCAGCUUUAGAAGUGCUCAGUAUGCAUUUUUUGCCAUGUCCCAUAUGGAUUACCCAGGGGUUUUGAUACUUGAAAGUGUUUUUAGCUCUAACUUAUUAUUUCAUAUUUAUUGUUCUUAAAAGCGGCAGCACGGUGAGCGACUGGUUAGCACAUCUGCCUCACAGUUCGGAGGACCGGGGUUCAAAUCCCGGCCCUAUCGAGUGGAGUUUGCAUGUUCUCCCCGUGCCUGCGUGGGUUUUCUCCGGGCACUCCGGUUUCCUCCCACAUCCCAAAAACAUGCGUCGUACGUUGAUUGAAGACUAAAUUGCCCGUAGGUGUGAAUGUGAGUGCGAAUGGUUGUUUGCUUAUAUGUGAUUGGCUGGCGACUAAUUCAGGGUGUACCCUGCCUCUCGCCCCAAGAUAGCUGGUUUAGGCUCCGGCACGCCCGCGACCCGCGUGAGGAUAAACGGUACGGAAAAUGAAUGAAUGAAUGUUCCUAAAAGCAGCCCGACUGACCACACCUCUCACACCUUAUCGGAAAGGGGGAGAACACACUAAUACGGUGUUUUGAAGCACAAUAAAAACAGUCAAUCAUCUAGAAAUCUAAUCACAUUACAUUUCCACUAGAAUUUUCUCCAGCAAUAGACGUGAAGUGUCAAAUAUAGCUGCAAAAAAAUGCACAAAGACGCUGUGAUGAAAAUACUGUAUUUUGUAAUAAAAAGUAAUUUCUCUAUCAUUUUGAAGCUGUUAUUAUAUUAUCGAAAGUACAUCCAUUUUUUGCCCUUUACAGUACAGUGAACCACCGCACGGUUUAGCAUUCACAAAUUUGAAACGACUAUGGCAGGAGUUAAAUGGAAGCAAAAAUACCAAUUCUAAAAAUAGCAUGUUUUGGCCUGCUUUCCGACAACAAAUUGCUGGAUAACUAGUUUUGAAAUCAGAAGCCACCAAAAAAAUGAUUUAACUAUUAUUCCAUUUAUUUUAAAAGGGGGAUUGGUAAUAAAAAAAAUACUUGCAAUAUCUCAACAUUAUUAAAUGCAUCUUUUUAAUAAUGUAUUAAAAAGUAUACCAAGAUGUUUGCAUCUUGGUAUACGUACAUCAUCACUGGUUAUGAAAACAAAAUAUUACAGUAUUUUGGCAGCAUUUGCUAAUAAAAGUUUGGAUGUAAAUGUUAUGUAUUAAUACAUAUUUACAUGAUUUAUUUUUCUUCUGUUUUUAUUAUUAUUUUCAUGUUUCACAGGACAGCUAGAUGGAUAGCAAGCGACUGAAUGUUAGGUUUGCAUAUGUACAGGCCAUAUGUGCGCUACAGUCACAUUCAUACAUGAGUGCAAAUGUUUCAAUUCAACUUUAUUUACUUGGUGCCAAUUCACAACAGAUGUUAUCUCAAGGC